CGGCUGAGGUGGGCUCCGCUGGGCGGCCGUUGGGGGACGCGGGGCCAGGCCGGGGCGGCGGCGAGCAUGUCUGCGGCCGAUGGAGAGGGCUGGGACGGCAACCGGCAGCGCGGAGGGGGCAGCGGCGACGGCCCGGCGGCCCAAGCCCCGCCCGGGGGGCUGCUCAACCGCUUCGUCCGUCUCCCGCCCGGCCCCGGACGCGGCGGCCACAGAGUCCCACCAGCCAGAAGUGGCCACCGCUGUGUGGCAGACAAUGCCAACCUGUAUGUGUUUGGAGGAUACAAUCCUGACUAUGAUGAAUCUGGAGGGCCAGAGAACGAAGAUUACCCGCUGUUCAGGGAGCUCUGGCGAUACAACUUUGCUACUGGCGCCUGGCAUCAAAUGGGCACCGAGGGUUACAUGCCUCGAGAGUUGGCAUCCAUGUCGCUCGUGUUGCAUGGAAAUAACCUCUUGGUCUUUGGUGGAACUGGAAUCCCGUUUGGGGAGAGCAACGGGAACGAUGUGCAUGUCUGCAACGUGAAGUACAAGCGCUGGGCCCUGUUUAAUUGCCGAGGGAAGAAGCCGAACCGCAUCUACGGGCAGGCUAUGGCCAUUAUUAACGGGUCCUUGUAUGUAUUUGGAGGAACAACUGGCUACAUCUACAGCACAGACUUGCACAAACUGGACCUGAACACCAGGGAAUGGACACAGCUCAAGCCAAACAACCUGCACUGCGACAUGCCAGAGGAAAGAUACAGACAUGAAAUUGCACACGAUGGGCAGAGGAUUUACAUUUUGGGAGGUGGGACGUCUUGGACAGCCUAUUCCUUGGACAAGAUUCAUGCCUACAAUCUUGAAACUAACACUUGGGAAGAAAUCGCAACAAAGCCUCAUAAGAAGAAAGAUUACCCUGCAGCCCGAAGAUGUCAUAGUUGUGUACAGAUAAAAAAUGAUGUCUUUGUCUGCGGGGGAUACAAUGGAGAAGUGAUACUAGGAGAUAUAUGGAAACUGAACCUGCAGACAUUUCAGUGGGUGAAGCUCCCCGCAGUGAUGCCUGAGCCAGUUUAUUUCCACUGUGCUGCUGUGACUCCGGCCGGCUGCAUGUACGUCCACGGAGGAGUGGUGGAUAUUCACCGAAACAGACGGACUGGCUCUCUCUUUAAGAUGUGGCUGGUCGUGCCCAGCCUCCUGGAACUGUCUUGGGAGAAGCUUCUGGUUUUCUUCCCCCACUUAGCGAACCUCAGCCAAUCGCAGCUUUUGCACCUUGGACUGACGCAGGGACUCAUCGAGCGUUUGAAAUGAACAUCCUGCUCACCGAUGCUAACUUUAAAAGCGGCCCCUCUCGCCCUUCCCUCUCGCUCAUUCUCUUUUUUCUCUGUAUUUAUGAUCCUGUGGAGGAUGCUGCUAAGGAGGCAGAAGGCCCUGCUCUAAAGCCUUACUCUGCAAAGUACUUCAGAUGCCUUUCCUGUUAUUUUUUUUUUAUUUUUAAAUUUAUUAUACUCUGCUUUUUUAAUUUAUGGAGACCUAUAAAUACAUCAUGAACAAAAGCUGCUGUUGCUGAGAUAAUUUGUACUGGUUUUGCCACACGCUUGUAGUCGCGCAAGGCGAGGAUCCGGCCGCUGCCUUCCCACUUCAGCCCUCCGCUUUUCCAUUUUGUAAGAUGGGCUCAUCUGCAUCGAACGUGCUCCCUCUGGAAUCCAGCGAGGCUGAACGUGAGGGGAUUAGAGAGACCCAGCACCAUCUCGCUAUUGGUUUGUGGUCCUUUUGCAGAUGUUGCAGUGGGCAAAACCAGGGGCUGCCCCUUGUGACUGUCUAAAAUAGGUCAUUUGUUAUCCUUUCCUACUGAAACACCCAGUGUGAGUUUUGUUUACGUGCUGCUGGCUGGCUUCAGCCCAGUUGCCUGACCUAGAAAGGUCAUUGCUGAGUUGCCAUUCCUAUUUACAUCAAACAUUGGAAGAGUUAUUAGAAAAAGAACCAUGAAGAUAUACUAUUUUUCCUUGUUGCAAGUGUGUUUGUGUGAGUAACGGGGGGAGAGGGGGAUGCAAGUUCGGUGCUGCAGCUGUAUUGGAAACUAAUUUUUCUUCUGCUGUUCUUACCACUGGCCUUUUGAGUUCUUGCUUUCAGUCUUUUUUUUUUUUAAUUGAAAUCCUGUUCCAAUUGGAUGGGGAUAUUCUCUCAGAAAAGCUUUUCGUUAGCCAAUUCUUCAUUCCCAAGAAAGGCUGUGUUAUAGCUGGUUUGUCUCUUGUGCAUGAGCAAAAUCCCCAAUAUUUUGCUGUGAACAGUAUUUGCCUUUUUAGAAUAUGCUGGAAAAAGAAACCAUGUCUGUGUCUUGUUCUGAAUGUUUGUUGAAACCGAUUCUGUAAAAUGUUGCACCUGAAUUGGCAUCAAACCAUAGCUUGAGAAACGAGGGUCCCAAUUCUGUUUUUUUAACGUACUCGGAAGCCUGCUGAUGGUCGUUGUUCUGUCGUCUCUGAUUGGCAUGCUGCAGCUGUUUCUGGAACCGGUCGGCAUGGGGGGAAGGGGCACCCGGCACUCUCAUGUGGAGCCUUGGUACGUGGUUUGACUCUGAACAGGGUCAAACACCGCACGGACCGCGAUACAGCAAACCUGCCCCUUGCCCUCAAUGCGAAGCCAGCUUUCGAUCCUGACUUGUGACCCCGGUUUGUUGACAAGUCUAAACCGAUUUGCCUGUUAGCAGAAAAUUGUUUGCUCUAAAAAUACGCAGGGGGAAGAUGGAAAAGGCUGUCCUGCCUCGGUGUCCUCCAUCCAGUCGUGGUGGAGAGAAGCCCGUAGGAAUGUGCGUUGGCCUCGCGGAGGUUCUGUUUGGACGGCUGUCUCUUCCUUGCUGUCCUGGAAGAAACUUGGCGGGCCGGGGAGAUCCUUGCAAUUGGCAUUGGCGUAUCAGAUUUAUACAGCCAUUGUUUUUGUCUUUGUUACCUCUUUCAAAAGCAUAAAGAACUUUGUGGUUGUGAGAACUAUCUUUUGUCUGUAAAACCCCUUUAUUGCUGGAAGCAGUCCUCGAACCCCAAGACUGUAAAACGGUGUGUCUGUGUGUGCAGAGCUUGAAACAGACCCUAUUUGGGAGCAGAAGAGGAAGUGAGGCUGCAGCCACAUCUGGCUAAGAUGCAAGGCUGGCUCUGCCUUUUAUUUAAAAGAGGGAGGAACUGCCUUUUCCCCUCACAGGUUGGAAGCCCCUUUGGUGAUUUUGACUUGUAAAAAAAAGGGGGGGGGUUUCGUUUUUUGCAGCUCUUCUUCCUUUCCGGGAUGAAUGAUUAGAGCAAGCUCACCCUCCUUUUUUUUUCUAAAAGUGAUGGGCACAAGCUAACUGAGCAACUUGUGAAACAGCGAUUUUUUUUUCCAGCAGCCAGGGUUCCUUCCACUGACAAAAUGCCAGAAUUUUUUUUUUUUUUUAAUGGCAUGCGGUGGCACUUUAAAGAUAAACACUUUUAUUAUAGCAUAAACUGUUUGGGAUUGUGUAAUAAAUUGGACUUUGUGGAAAAAACAAAGUCAACCAAAAGCAACCCAGCGUAUCCUUCCUGCAACAGGAAUUAAGGAUGUAGAUAAAUUUCAUUUCUGCAGUCCCAAACGGGCCAGCCCCAUUUACGUUGUGCGGUCUGAGACAAAAGCUUAAUUUCUGCUGAUGUGCCUGUCUGGCUCACCUCUCAGCGACUUUGAUUUAGGCCAGGAAGUCUGUGUGUUUGAACAGGCUGGAGCAGUUGGAAAGAGGCUGCAGCGCCUGAUGGGAUGGCCUCAGGCAGGGCUCCCUUUGAAGCAGCAAGAGCUGAAGCAGAGGCCCAGGCAGGCAGGCAGGCCGGCCAGGCUUUGUCAGAAGGUGGAGGGUUUUCUUCCCCGAGUGCUCUGGGGCCUUGCCACCACAGGGAAUGACAACCAACGUUUGGGGGAGAGCUGCUUAAUUUUGCAUACAGCUGUUCUCAAGCUGUUUUUAGUUCGUUCUCCAGUAACUGAACAAGGAGGCUUGAAAUAAGUUUUGUGUAUUGCCCCUCCGAUUCCAGUUCAUCACCCUACCAUCUCCCCAUCAUGCCAUCCUUAUUCCGACUGGCCCAAAGCCAACUCCUGGCCUGGGUGAAUUAAGAGCUGCCAGCAACCGUACAGCCCGGGAACCGAUUCAGAACAUCGACUGCCCCUUGUCUCCCAUUUAAAUGUCAUUUAUGGUCUGUCUGCUUGGCACUUGACUGAAUAGGCAAGUGACGCCUUUCUCUCCCCUUCUUUAAGCCCUUAUCAUUUGGGUUGGUUUUAUGCUGAAUCACGGACCAGCCAUCCACUGUAUUAUUUUAUUAUAACUGUAUAAUUCACUGUUCUGCCUUAUUGUGUGUUCUUUGAGUUCUGUGAAUCCCUUACACUAUUGUGAAUUUAUUUUCCAUGAACACUUUUGAAUAAAUAUCAAUGAUCUGCA